AUGAUGAAUAACACAAAAAAAGGUAAAUUUAUUUAUGGUAAGUAUUCUCUUUUAAAACAUCUUUCUUUUCAUUCAUAUGAAUAAUUUAUAUAAAAUAUAAUUACACUACCAAGCUCUCAAACGUGCAGAUAAGCCUAAUUUAAAGAAGAAUUGUAAGACUAAAAGCUCAUAAGAAUUUGUGUUAGGCAAGAUCGUAUGGGAAAUAAAUUGUAUGGAUAUUAUUAUUCUUAUGGGUUACUCAAUAAAAAAUAAUAAAUAUACAUGUCAUUGACAUUCUUAGAUUCAAUUUAGAACAGUUAAUGA